AUGGCUACUAAAGCUGAAGUGAUUGAACAGCUGAAUGCUACGCAAGAUUCAGUGAAGCAGCUCAAGAAGCUGUGUGAGGUCUUGCGUAUGCGUCCCGGUACUACCAAGGACGUUAUGAAAAGCGAUAUCGCUGAUCACCUCAUUGCUCAGAAAAUUACCCUCGCAAGCGUCGUUGAACGCCUGCCGAAGGAUCCCGAACCUUUGUCCGAUAAUUCCCGUAGAAUUGCGGAUACUACCUCAAAGUCGACCGAUGCAGCAAAAGCUGCCGAAGCUUCCCAGAAACAACCGGUUAACACCGAUGUUCGGUCCACUGCGGAUCCGGACAAUCGGGCCGGUGGCAGUAAGGCUGCUGAUUCUCGUACAGUUACCAAUACAAGUACCGAUACGAAUGCGAGUACCGAACGCGAUCCCGCAAAUGAAGAUAUUGAAGCGAUCAGUGAUUCACAGACCCAAAAGUCCCGAACAGAAUCUGAGUACCGUACCUUUUUGGGCACGCUAAACGAUAAUGAAAAGCGAGUCCUGGAUAAUAUUCUUUUAUUGCAUGAAGAAACUGUCCGUCGGGAUAUCGAAAGCGAACGCAAGCAGAUGCUUGAUCGCAUCGAUCAUCUCGAACGUGACCGAAAUUCCGUCUCAAUGUCCCAGCUUGUUGAAGCUUUAUCGAAGAUGAGUACUAAUUCCCAGUCAUCAUCAACUACCGUUGAUUCUCACAAAGUCUCCGUGAAAGAUUUCGGUAUUCAGAAAUUCGCGAACAAGUCCGAACUGAUUAUUACCGAUUUCUUCCGGCAAUAUGACCGUGCUACCAACAGUCUAGGUUGGUCAACAUCAAAGAAGAUUCUAUUGUUACCUGCAUACCUUGAAGAUUCCCCUCGUAAAUUCUUUGAGUCUAUGUGGGAAGCGAAUCAGAAUACCGACUACGAUGGAUGGAAGUCCAUCUUGGUCAAACGAUACUUACCUGCUGAUUACAAGCUCAAUAAGCAAAUCGAGUUGUCCCAGAAGACAUUUAGACCUGGUCAAGAUGUUGAUACAUUCUUUGACGAAUUACAGGUCCUGUUCGACGAAGUAAACCCCUUAAUGUCCGAAGACGACAAGAUCGCAGAAAUUACCCGAGCAUUCAUGAAUAUACCCGAGUACCGCAAGUUACUGGCAGUCACUGAUGCCAAGUCAGUUGACAAGAUGCGAUCAGUGCUGACCAAAAUUGCGAACAUUGAUAAGACCGAUACUCCCGUGGUUCAGAAUGUUACCUGUGAUAAUGCUGAAGUGAAUUUCAUGAAGAAUAAUUCCCAGUCGAAUUACCGUGGCAGAAGCCGUUCUCGUGAUAACCGUGAUCGGAACUGUGAACGUUCUGAUAGUUCGAAGUACCGUGAUUACCGACGUGACCGCAGUCGCAGUUACGAUCGUAAUUACCGGAGUAACCGAACUUAUGCCCGGCAGUUCCGUGAUAACCUGUUCCGUGAUCGCAGAGAUACCCGUGACUAUGACCGUAACCGUGAUCGUUCUCGUGAGAGGUCCCGUGACCGGGACCGAUCGCGAAGUUCGGAUCGUUAUCCUACCCGCCGAAAGUCUAAUUCCCGUGAACGUCGUGAUGCACCUGUGACUGAAUGGAGAUUCCCUCGAAACGAACUUGAUUUCGAAAGCUACCGACUACGGUCUGGUAAGCUGUUCUGUCCCGUGUGUCUCGAUUACCGUCAUACCUUUAAGCAAUGUACCAAAGCGAAACCACAGGACCUUGAGCACGUUGAGCCGAAGUGUCCUCGUGGUGUGCUGUACCGUGUUCAGAAAGAAUACGAUGACUUCAUCCGUGACAAUUAUACCCCUGAUUUUUGGGAGUCCCGUGAGGGAAAAGCCUAA